UCUGUUGCUGCCGCACCAACUUGUUUCAUGUGCUUCCAUCUUCAGCCUCCAUCUGAAGGCACUCUUUAAGACAGAGCUUCGGCUCUGCCGCAACCCAUUUCCACAUGGUGCCUCAUCGCAUCUCUUCCUUCUCUUCCCAUUCUCUCCAUCACUCCUCCUCUUUCCAUGUACAGAAACAAUUAUUCUCUCCUCUCUCCAUAUUUUUAGCUGGUUCAUCAGUUUUGCUUGAUAUCAUUAUUCCAUCUCUUUUUUUCUUCACUCUCUCUCUCCAUCUCUCUCUCUCUCUUUUCCAUUCUCUCUGUUUUCAUCUUGGAGAUAGGAGUGUGCAUGCAGUCUCAAAUCUAAGUCUCCUCUCUGCUUAUGCGCUCUGCGCUACGAUCCUUCUUCCUCUCCCCUCCGUGCUUUACCGCACUGCUCACAUCUCCUCUCUCCACAUCUCCUUCUCUUCCUCACUUUGUCCUUCUCUACCUGCAUCUCUGUCACACCACAGGCUUGCAUCUCUGCUGGGCAUUGCUGUGCUGUGCUUUGCCGUUUGGAGAAAGGCUGUACGCUCUGGGGAUCUUUUCGCGCCAGGGCUGAGCACACUCCGGCUUCUUGCAGAGGAGGAUUUAGCUGCUCUUGGUGCGCCAGGUUUGCCUUGCCUUGGAUUCCUUGGAUCUGUGGGAGCUGGAGAACAGGGGAGGACAGGAGGAGGAGGAGAGGGGUGAGAGGUUUACUCGCUUGGAGGAGUCAAGGCUUCAAGGUGGUGGCGGUGGCGGCUGAUGGUUGCAUGUCGAGGGUCAUGCCCUGGGACUUGCACGUUUUUCGGCAGUUGGAGUUGGAGACCCUCUCCCAUUUUUGCCCCCCUCGUGGGGCAGAACUAAUCCUGGUGCCGGGGAAAGCUGCCGGGCACCAGAGGCUGCAGCGUGAAGAGUGGACACCAUGAACCAGCUGGACGCACCAAGACCACUUAACUGGACCAUCAGGAAACUGUGCCAUGCAGCCUUCCUGCCAUCUGUGCGCCUGCUAAAGGCACAGAAAUCGUGGAUAGAAAGGGCAUUCAGCAAGAGAGAAUGUGUUCAUAUCAUAGUGAGCGCCAAAGACCCCCAUAGGUGCUGCUGCGGUCGUCUCAUAGGUCAGCAUGUGGGUUUGCCCCCAGGUAUCUCAUCCAGUCAAAAUGACAAGGCCGAGCGUUUGGCUAAGAAUGACAGCCUGUCAGAGAAGUGGUCAAUCAGCAAGCACACACAGCUCAGCCCCACCGAUGCCUUCGGCACCAUCGAGUUCCAGGGAGGAGGACACUCCAACAAAGCCAUGUACGUGCGAGUGUCUUAUGACACUAAGCCUGACCUGCUGCUCCACCUGAUGACCAAGGAGUGGCAGCUGGAGCUUCCUAAGCUGCUCAUCUCAGUCCAUGGAGGCCUCCAGAACUUCGAGUUACAGCCUAAGCUCAAGCAGGUCUUUGGCAAAGGGCUCAUCAAGGCAGCCAUGACGACAGGGGCCUGGAUAUUUACUGGAGGCGUUAACACAGGGGUGAUCCGCCAUGUGGGGGACGCACUGAAAGACCACGCCUCCAAAUCAAGGGGCAAAAUCUGCACCAUUGGAAUAGCACCAUGGGGCAUCGUAGAAAAUCAGGAGGACCUUGUUGGCAAAGAUGUGGUGCGUCCGUACCAAACUAUGUCCAACCCCAUGAGCAAGCUGACGGUUCUCAACAGUCUCCACUCCCACUUCAUCCUGGCAGACAAUGGCACAACAGGAAAGUAUGGAGCUGAAGUCAAACUGCGACGCCAGCUGGAGAAACACAUCUCCCUGCAGAAGAUCAACACACGGAUCGGCCAGGGCGUACCAGUGGUGGCUCUUAUCGUGGAGGGAGGCCCUAAUGUGAUCUCCAUUGUGCUGGAGUACCUCAGGGACACUCCUCCGGUCCCUGUGGUGGUGUGUGAUGGCAGCGGGAGAGCCUCAGACAUCUUGGCCUUUGGACACAAGUACUCAGAGGAGGGAGGCAUAAUUAAUGAGUCUCUUAGAGACCAGCUGCUGGUGACCAUCCAGAAGACCUUCACAUACAGCCGCACACAGGCCCAACAUCUGUUCAUCAUCCUCAUGGAGUGCAUGAAGAAAAAGGAACUGAUAACAGUUUUCCGGAUGGGCUCUGAGGGUCAUCAGGACAUUGACCUUGCCAUCCUCACUGCAUUGCUCAAAGGUGCCAAUGCUUCAGCCCCAGACCAGCUGAGUUUGGCUCUUGCGUGGAACAGAGUGGACAUUGCACGAAGUCAGAUCUUCAUUUAUGGACAGCAGUGGCCUGUGGGUUCCCUGGAACAGGCGAUGCUGGAUGCCUUGGUUUUGGACAGAGUGGACUUUGUUAAGCUGCUGAUUGAAAAUGGUGUCAGCAUGCACCGCUUUCUCACGCUUUCCAGACUGGAGGAGCUGUAUAACACGCGACACGGACCAUCAAACACCCUUUACCACCUUGUCAGAGAUGUCAAAAAGGGAAACCUGCCUCCGGACUACCGCAUCAGCCUCAUCGACAUUGGACUGGUCAUUGAAUACCUCAUGGGUGGGGCGUAUCGAUGCAACUACACCAGGAAGAGAUUCAGAACACUAUACCAUAACCUCUUUGGGCCCAAACGGCCCAAGGCACUGAAGCUGCUGGGGAUGGAGGAUGACAUGCCAAUCCGGAGAGGCCGGCAGAAGACGACACGCAAGCGAGAGGAAGAGGUGGACAUUGAUUUGGAUGACCCCGAGAUAAACCACUUCCCCUUCCCCUUCCACGAGCUCAUGGUGUGGGCUGUACUCAUGAAGCGCCAGAAGAUGGCGCUGUUCUUUUGGCAGCAUGGCGAGGAAGCUAUGGCCAAGGCACUGGUUGCAUGUAAGCUGUGUAAGGCUAUGGCACACGAAGCGUCUGAGAAUGACAUGGUGGAUGACAUCUCUCAAGAACUCAACCACAACUCCAGAGAGUUUGGUCAGCUAGCUGUGGAGCUCCUAGACCAGUCUUAUAAACAGGACGAGCAGAUGGCAAUGAAGCUACUGACAUAUGAGCUGAAAAACUGGAGCAACGCCACCUGCCUGCAGCUUGCGGUAGCAGCUAAACAUCGAGAUUUCAUCGCCCAUACCUGCAGUCAGAUGCUGCUGACCGACAUGUGGAUGGGGCGUCUCCGCAUGCGCAAGAAUUCAGGCCUGAAGGUGAUCUUAGGCCUGCUUCUUCCACCGUCCAUCCUGAGUCUAGAGUUCAAAAACAAGGAUGAGAUGUCCUACAUGCCGCAGGAUCAGGACACGUACCUCCAGGAGAAGGAAGAGGAGGAGCCGGAGAAACCAGUCAAAGAAAAAGAGGAGGAGGACAUGGAGUUCACAGUAAGAUCUUACUGUGAGACGCAGUACAACUCUGUGGCGAUGCUGGGUAAGGUAACCACAGAGACAUCCAGAAAGAAAGAUGUUGAGGAGGUUCAGAGCCGCCACCGCCUUAUCCCCAUGGGACGCAAGAUAUACGAGUUCUACAACGCUCCAAUUGUCAAGUUCUGGUUUCAUACGAUGGCAUACGUGGGGUACCUGAUGUUGUUUAACUACAUUGUCCUGGUCAAGAUGGACCUGUGGCCUUCUCCUCAAGAGUGGAUUGUCAUUGCUUACAUUUUCACCAAUGGCAUUGAAAAGAUGAGAGAGAUUCUGAUGUCAGAGCCGGGAAAGUUGCUACAGAAGGUAAAGGUGUGGCUACAAGAGUACUGGAACGUCACUGACCUCAUGGCCAUCCUCAUCUUCUCCGUCGGUAUGGUCCUGCGCCUCCAGGAGCCACCGCUCAUGAACUACGGGCGGGUCAUCUACUGUGUCAACAUCAUCUACUGGUACAUCCGGCUGCUCGACAUCUUCGGAGUCAACAAGUAUCUGGGGCCCUACGUGAUGAUGAUUGGCAAGAUGAUGAUCGACAUGAUGUAUUUUGUCAUCAUCAUGUUGGUAGUGCUCAUGAGUUUUGGGGUGGCACGUCAGGCCAUCCUCAAUCCUAACGAAGACCCGUCCUGGAUGUUGGCCAGAAACAUCUUCUUCAUGCCUUACUGGAUGAUCUAUGGGGAGGUGUUUGCCGACCAGAUUGACCAUAUGCAUAGUAAGAAGGUACAGCAAAGGCUGAAUGAAAAACUCUGGCUGGUCGAAAAUUACUUACGAACGUACGGAACCUGGCGUAGUAGUGGUCCAUCCCACAUUGGUCAGACCACUCAAAAUUCCACUCCCUGCGGCCAGAAUAUAACCACACAGGACGGGGUGGUGGUGACCCUGCCGCCAUGUAAGACUGGUGCUUGGAUUGUACCUGCGAUCAUGGCUUGCUACCUGCUGGUGGCCAACAUACUGCUUGUCAACCUACUCAUAGCAGUGUUUAACAACACAUUUUUCGAGGUAAAGUCCAUCUCAAACCAGGUGUGGAAGUUCCAGCGCUACCAGCUAAUCAUGACAUUCCACGAGCGGCCGGUCCUUCCUCCACCCCUCAUCAUCUUCAGCCACAUAACAAUGGUCCUAAAACAUCUAUGCUGCCGCUGGCGCAAGCAUGAUGACGACGAGAGGGACUAUGGAUUGAAGCUGUUCAUCACUGAGGAUGAGCUGAAGAAAGUUCAUGACUUUGAGGAGCAAUGCAUAGAAGAGUACUUCAGAGAGAAAGACGACAGAUUCCACUCAUCGAAUGAUGAACGGAUCAGAGUCACAUCUGAAAGGGUGGAGAACAUGGCUAUGCGUUUGGAAGAGGUCAAUGAGAGGGAACACUUUAUGAAAGCAUCGCUGCAGACUGUGGAUAUUCGGCUGGCCCAGAUGGAGGACCUAAUUGGGCGGAUUGCUGUGGCUCUGGAGCGCGUGACGGGUGUUGAGCGUGUGGAGAUCAACAAAGCGCGCUCCCGGACCUCGUCUGACUGCACAGACUCAGCGUACAUACUCCGCCAAGCUGAGUGCCCGGAGUCUGCGUACAUCCUCCGCCAAAGCAGCUUUAACAGCACAGAGGGGAAUGCCUACCGCCUUCAGGAGGCAUUGGAGGGAGCAGCGGAGGGCUCCAUGUCCCCUCCCUCUCCUACUGGCAUCACUGCUAGGGCAAGGAGUCACUCUUUUUAUGUUGGGGGUGGACGUGCCAUCGAACGUGCAAGUGGGGCUGAGCGAGCUGAAAGCUUCUUUAAGGAGCGCUCGCUCAGCCUCCACAGAGCUAAUAGCUCGCAAUCUGUGUCUUCAGCUGCCGCCACCAAGGAGUCUAAGCCCCUCCCACUGGCGACGCUGUCGGUUUCCCAGCAGCAUCGUCCGUCAUCCUGCAUUGAUAUCUACGUCUCAACAUCUGAGGAGGUGGGGCCAGCCGAGGUCUUUCUUGAUCCUCUCCGUGUGGUCCCACCCCUCCAGAGAGACUCCUCACUGCAGUCAGAUAUCAUAGAGACGGUGCUGCCAGGAGGCCGUGACUUCAGCAGCACGGCUACUAGCGGCUUGGGCGACAGGCACUCGGAGGGCGGCGCAGGCAGCAGUGGAACGACUGGAGCUAUGUAUGACGACAGUGCGGCUGUUGAUUUGUCAUUGUGCUCAGCAAGCCUCUUACCAGACACCACCCUACCUCCUUGGGAUACAGAGCCGUCUCCACCUCCCUCAGCAGGGCUGCUCGAGCGCUCCAAGAGCAGUCGCUACCUCUCCACAGCAGGCACGGCGUUCCUUGAUGAGCCUCCCCUGGUCAAAUCCCACAGCCUCAUGUUCACGCCGAGAGGCUGUUACGGCGGGCUAGGGGCAGGAGUCCAGGUGAAGGCCGCAGAAUACACCAGCAUCACUGACUGCAUUGACACCCGCUGUGUAUCAUCUCCAUACACUCCUGCAGAAUGCUCACACUCGCCAGGAGGAUCCACCUCAUUCACCUUUGAUAAGCCGUCAGACAUUAGCUCCUCUCACCCGGAAAGAGAGGCAGAGCUAAGUCACACAGAGUCCGACCCUGAGGACCUGAUUCCAGCCUCCAAUACUCCUCGCAUUACAGGCCUGGGCGGGCCCAGCGGAGCUCCUCUCUGCUCCACCCUCUCCAGGCUGGAGCGAGCAAACAGUUGCUCCUCAGAUGACUCCCAUCCUUCACUCACUCUGGCUCCUCCGCAUCGGAAGAGCCUGUCAGUGAGCGAGAGGAUGGAGAGGGGACCGGGUUUGGGAGCAGAUAGGGGACCUGGUCCUGGGGGACGGGGUCUUGCGGGGCACAGAUACCCUUUCCUCAGGAGCAAGUCCGGAGCGAGACCUGACACAGCCAAAACUGACAGUCUGUCUAUAAGGAAGCUGGCAGCUCCAUCAGCCUUCCGCAGCUUCGAUAGACAAAACUACACGUGACAAGGGCCCUCUGGGGCCCUCACACAUUGUUAGGGCCUGGGUGAAAACUGAAAAGGGCCAAGUAAUAGCAGGAUGAAAUUGCACAUAGAUGCUGAUUUGGAACAUAUCUAUACUUUAUUCACUUACAUUUUAGGUUUGGAAAGGUUUAGGUGUGAUCAGCAUUGAACGGCAGUUUUAUCCUGAGCGAAGAAUGGAAAAGAGCAGAGGAGUCAGAAGGUCUGUGUACAUCACUUAAAAGAAAGAGCUAUGAAUUUAGACUAGUUGGCACCUCUUGUAGCAAUGUAACUUACAAUUGGGUGCCAUGAAAAUGGGUGUCAUAUUUGUCUUGUAGGUCUUCCACCAACCUAAUUUACAUCAAGUAGACAUUGGUCACUGUUUUGCAACACAUAUCACAACCACCCUGGAAAGAAAAAGCCUACUGUUAAUCCUACCUGUGAUGUGUGGAAGGCACUGUUAAAUCCUAGAGACCAAGACAAGGGACAAGGAAAGAGAUAGUCAACUCAUUUUGUAGUUUUUCAUCAGCACAAUUGCUGCAAGGGUUCCACUUUAAAGCCUUUCUUGCUCAUCGUGGAAUCGUAACUCACAUCAGAGUGAUACUCAAACACUACCAGGUUUAAAAGCUGACAAUCUACAGCAGAGAAAAUGAGAACUGAACAAGUCAAUACUUCUAUCUCUCUCAGCGACCCAAGUAAUCCAUGAAUUUUGAACAAAGUAUAUCCGUAAAUGACAUUGUGUUGUAAAGUGGAAAGGCAGAAGAAUUGAGUACUGAAAGCACUUAUUGAAAUUAAUAAUGCCUCAGCAGAAAAUCUUUGUCGCUAAAUGAAGCUUCAAGGUGCAUUCCUUCUGGAGAAACUAGGUUCAUACAUUGUUGAUGUUUGAUCAGUUUCUGCAUCAACUACUGUCUAGAGGUCCUAAAGGAUUUUGGGUUGCUCUUUUAUGAACUCAUCUUUUUCCGUCAGUUUGCUUAAUUUUAUUGUGACCAUACCUUGCUGAAAAAUCAACCCUUGAAUAAUCAUCAAAUUCUUGUCAGGAAUGUUUUGGUAAAUUUCUCCAACCAUUUUUAAAGGGGCUUUGUUGUGUAUUUUUCGGCCACUAGUACCAAUUUACAGAACAAUCAAGUAACUAUGUUUCCUUCAGUUAUAAAAAAUAAUAUAUACAAGCAAGACUUAAAUGAAAUUUGACUUCACAUUUUACCACCUUGAAAUUGGGCCGCUGUCUCUUUAAAAGAUCCUGUUCUUUUGGACACUCUGCCUUCAGCACCUCAUCUCAACAAGGUUUCUUCAUUAGGCCUUUAACAAGGUUCUUAGGAGCUUUGCACUGAAAAGUAAAUUGUAUGAUAACCUCAGCAGAUGUGCAGUUCCACCAGGUGCUUGCUAAUUGCUGCUAGUGCUAGUCUGAAGGAGCUGAGUGGGGAAGGCAUGGGGGGGUGGUGGAUGCUCUAUGAGGUGGAAUCUCGUCUUGGGAUCUGCAACUCCAAGAUGAACUGCCUGGAAAGGGCAGCAUGGAGUGUAACCAAGCGCUUAGGCGCCCCCAAUUGGUUGCCAUGGGGGAUUAAUGCAGUGUUUCCCAACCCUGGUCCUCAAGGCACACUGUCCUACAUGUUUUAGA